AAAUGGAUACAGUGGUACCUGCUCCGAAUGCUGCUACAAUUGAAAAUGGGACAGCGAACAGUGGAUAUUUUACACCAAAAGGGUAUCUCAAUCAGAAUAUUGUCAAAGAAGAAUACAAGCAAAAUAGAGUCAAUUAGAUAUGAAUACAAUGUUGGGUAUUUUGACAAACAAGUACAAUUGAUGAACUGGAUAAUUCAAAUGUUUAGAUUUUCUGGGGAAAAAAUUGUAGUGGCUAUUCAAAGAAACUCCAAAGAGCGAUUUCUAUUCAGAAAUAGGUUAAGGGUUACGCUAUGGAAGAGAAAUGCUGGUGGCCGUCGUGACUAUGUCCCCAUCCACGAUGCCUCGAUUCCCUAUCCUGCUCAUUGGCCAACAGAUCUCAUCCACUUUAUCAAUGCAAUGCUGAAAUUCGACAAAGAAAAACGUUUAGUCGGAUUGGAAGCAAUCAAAAAGCAUGCAUACACAGAACGAAUAGAUUUCAAAAGUGUUUUCGAAAGAAAGCCAGCACCAGUAUUUAUUCCAUGUAAAGAGGGUCUCAACUGUGAUCCGAUGUAUGAACUUGAGGAGCGAAUUUUAGUUUCAACACCGAUUCAUCGACGAAGAACUAAUCAUAAUAAUAGCUCGGGGCGGAGCUCCAGUGAACCACAGAAUGCCGCGUUGGUUGAGGUGUCCAAGGCAUUCAUCGACUUCUCUCGUCACAACAUGAAAAUCGAACCAAACGGAGUUUGUAGAUCCAAUUAG